AUUAAUUAUCAGACUAAUGGAGUUCUAUUCGGAUAUUGAAUUCUAAAAUUUAUAGUAUCUUUUACCCGACAAGUUUUGUCAUCUCGAAUUCUUAACACUUUUUGAUUUGGUUUUGUAUGAAAGAUGAGAAAUAACAAUUAUUCCCCUAUGAAACAAACUCAAUUAUGUUAGUAUUAGAGCUAUUUUCAACCCACUCAUAUUUAACCCGAAUCGCUCAUUUGGCACCCGGAACAUAUAAAUAGACGAAGUAGUGUAUUGAACUCGUUCCAAACUUGUUGGAAACGCCAUUGCGUUUGUGAGAAGAGAACUGCAAGGUUUAAGAUGAGGGGUCGUUCAUCGGAGACGAAGUUGUUGCAAGAACUGAUCCUUUAUGCGGCGAGCGCUGCUCUGAGUGGCCUAGUUUUGUAUGUGGGGCUCCGACAACUUGACCCGAACCGACACGCCUCCAAAAAGGCAGCUAUUCACCACAAAAAGGAACUUGCUAAACGCCUUGGUCGACCUAUCAUUCAAACCAACCCCUAUGAGGAUGUAAUUGCCUGUGAUGUAAUCAACCCUGAUCAUAUAGAUGUGAAAUUUCAUUCUGUUGGUGGAUUGGAAGCUAUUAAGGAAGCUCUAUAUGAAUUGGUAAUUCUUCCCUUGAGGAGGCCUGAACUCUUCUCUGGAAAGCUUCUCGGUCCUCAAAAAGGAGUGUUGCUCUAUGGACCUCCUGGCACUGGAAAGACGAUGCUUGCUAAAGCAAUUGCAAAAGAGUCGGGUGCUGUUUUUAUCAACAUGAGAAUAUCAAAUCUGAUGAGCAAAUGGUUUGGUGAUGCCCAAAAAAUGGUUGCUGCAGUGUUUAGUUUGGCGCAUAAACUUCAGCCAGCAAUUAUAUUCAUUGACGAAGUGGAUAGCUUUUUGGGUGAGCGCAAGACUACUGACAAUGAUACGUUGACAAGCAUGAAGACUGAGUUCAUGGCUUUAUGGGAUGGUUUUAGCACAAAUCAAAAUGCACGGGUUAUGGUACUUGCUGCCACUAAUCGGCCAUCUGAGCUUGAUGAAGCAAUUCUUCGCCGCCUUCCUCAGGCCUUCGAGAUUGGAAUGCCCGACAACAGAGAGAGAUCUCAGAUUUUGAAGGUGAUCCUGAGGGGCGAGAAGGUAGAAGAUAACAUUGACUAUGACCGGAUUGCUAGUCUGUGUGAUGGAUACACUGGUUCUGAUCUUCUUGAGCUAUGUAAAAAAGCUGUCUACUUUCCUAUCCGCGACUUGCUUAAUGAUGAGAAGAGCGGAAAGCGAACUGCUGAGCCGAGGCCACUGUCAGAAUUGGAUUUGGAAAAGGUUUUAGCUACAUCGAAAAAGACAAAGGUUGCUGCGAGAGAAUACAGCAGAUUAAGUUCAAGCCAUUCAGAUUCAGAUUCCUCCCCUGUACAGGUUUCAAUUAACCAGCUUUCUAAGCUUGUGGUUUCCCGAAUUCUUAAUCUCAACUUAGAUAACCAGGAUUCUUAAUUGGUUAUAGGAUUUUCUAUAAAUUAUCAGUUUGUGGAUGCCACAGAAUUCUUUUUAACCAAUGUAGUUCAGCUAUCAACUUGUAGAAGUAUUGCAUAGUUUGGAAGUAGAAUUGCUUGCUUUUCACGA